CUUUUUCUCCCUCCGUUUCUUAUCCCCUCCGCCUCUCCCGCUUUCAUCCACUGCCAUGCUGCAGUUUACCACUUCAUCAUCACAGCAUACCAUGCAGCAUACCAUGGACAAACCUCGCACGGCGUGGUUGGACGGCCUCCGCGGCCUUGCCGCCGCUAUCGUCGCCUUCAAUCAUUUCUUCAUGGGCGGGAUCUUCGACUUCGCCUUCCACUCCUACUGGGCGGACCCCGCGUCGGCCAACCGGCAUUUCAUCCAACUGCCCCCGAUCCGCCUGCUCUUCUCCGCCCACGCGAUGGUGGCGCUCUUCUUCGUGAUCUCAGGCUACGCUUUGAGCAUCAACCUGCUUCGUCUGCGCGAUGCGCCGCCGUCUUCCUCGCUGACCGCGUCGUCGUCCGCGACGAACCAGACACUACUCCGCGGGCUCUCCUCCGCGACGACUCGCCGGAUCUUCCGCAUCUAUCUGCCUGUCUUCCUUGUCGCCAUUCUCUCGCAGCUGCUGUUCUUCUGCGGCUUGUAUCACUGGUCGUUUGGUGACGAUGUCGUCUGGGGCCGUCGGCCGUGGACCGCGCCGCUGUUCCAUUUCACCUAUCUCUUGCGGUAUUUGUUGGACAUUGUGAAUAUCAUCCAGUUCCAUCAUAACCCCGGGCUGAAUGGACAGCUGUGGACGAUGCCGAUUGAGUUUCGUGGAAGUCUGAUGGUGUAUCUUGUCAUUCUGGGGAUGGCGUUCUGGAGGAAGGAGAUGCGCGUGGGCGGAGUGUUCGUGCUGGCGUUGUAUUUUCUGUGGUAUGGAAUCUGGGAUGGCGUGGGCUUUCUAGGUGGCUUGGGGGUUGCGGGGCUUGCUCAGGGGUUGCACUUGAGUAGUGAGGAUGCGGUGUUGGGCGAAGGGUGGUGGGUUGGGAGGAAGGAUGGCGAGGCUGGUCUGUCAAGCACGUCUGGUGGCCUGAAAGCAAAAGCAAGGAUGCUGGUGACAGGAUUCUGUUUUCUCAUGGGGCUGCAUCUGCUCUGCCUCGGGGAUGAUGGGGUACUUACGCCUGGGUAUCAAUGGCUGGGGUCGCUGCAGUCGCCCCGGUGGGAUGACGACUGGGCGAUCGUCAGUAAAUCCUGGAAGACGGUGGGGUCGGUGUUGGUGGUGUAUGCCAUCGAUCGCGUGGAGGUGCUGCAGAGGGCGCUGGAGAGGCCGACGCCGCAGUUCCUAGGACGCAUCUCGUUCUCGCUGUAUCUGGUGCAUCAGUCGGUGUAUCAUGUUGCCCGGGAUCCCGUGCGGAAUGGACUGUGGUGGAUUCUGACCGGGCGUGAGUAUCCAGCGACGGAUGAGGAGGCACUUGCUGGGGGUUUGGGGGUGUUUGUGGUCAGUUGGGGGGUUACGGCUGUGGUGAUGGGGGUGUUGGUGGUUUGGCUGUCGAGUUGGUGGACGAGGGUGGUCGAUGCCAGAUGUGUGCGGCUUUCGAAGAGGAUCGAUGAGUGGUUGUCUCGGUAGAGUGACUUUAAAUUUGCCCAAUAUGCAUCAAGCUUUCGUUGUAUAGACCAAUUUAUGCAGAUCAAUAUUCCAUUAAUAGACAUGACAGCGGUUGUGGUCAUCGAAGAAUCUGAU